AUGUCAUCGCCUUCAUCAUCGUCAACAACAACUCAGCAAAAACAACAACAACAAWCAUAUGGCCUAACAGCGAAUGAUAUUGAAUCCGAAUAUCAGCCAUAUAGCGGAUCGGCCGGCAUUAUGCCAAUAACCAACGAACGCCAACAACAGGAGCAACGCGAGAUGCUGGAACGCGAAGAUACUUUGGAAUACUUCAUCAAAUUUCCAAAACCCACAGCAGACAAUGAUUUCGUACUGGUCAGCGGCAACGAUGAGCAGAACAAUAUCCCGAUUGUGAUGCUGCUGGGCUGGGCGGGGUGUCAGGACCGUUAUCUAAUGAAGUACUCGAAGAUCUACGAGGAUCGGGGUCUCAUUACGGUCCGCUAUACGGCGCCAGUAGACACGCUGUUCUGGAAGCGCAGCGAGAUGGUGCCGAUUGGCGAGAAGAUCCUGAAGCUCAUACAGGACAUGAAUUUCGAUGCACAUCCCUUAAUAUUUCACAUCUUUUCGAACGGUGGUGCCUAUCUCUAUCAGCACAUCAAUUUGGCCGUGCGCAAGCACAAAUCCCCAUUGCAAGUGCGCGGCGUCAUCUUUGAUUCGGCGCCAGGUGAGAGACGUAUGCUCGGUUUAUAUCGUGCCAUCAAUGCAAUUUAUGGCAAGGAGAAACGCUGCAAUUGCGUCACGGCAUUGAUCAUUACGUUGAUCCUGAGCAUGAUGUGGUUUGUUGAGGAAUCGUUUGUGGCUUUUAAGAGUUUGUUUGUCCCUUCAACGCCUGUCCAUGCGAGCCCCUUCAGUGAGCUCAAGAACGAGACGAACAAAUAUCCUCAAUUGUUUUUGUAUUCGAAAAGUGAUGUUGUCAUACCAUAUCGAGACGUUGAGAAAUUUAUACGAAUACGACGCGAUCAGGGCAUCAAUGUGUCAUCCGUCUGCUUUGAGGAUGCGGAACAUGUUAAAAUCUUUACCAAAUACCCAACACAAUAUGUGCAGAACGCCGUUGCCGACUUCUGGUCAGGCACAAACAGCGCACAGCAGAAGCAGCAGCAGCAACAGUGA